AUGAUCUUGGCCGUUGUUGAUGUACUCAUCGCCGCCGACAAACGGAUCAACAACCAUCCUGACUGGUACGGCAUCCUUCAACUUGAGAGUCGCCGGAACGACGAUGAGCUCCUUAAAAGGCAGUAUCGCCGCCUUGCCCUCCUUCUGCACCCAGAUAAGAAUAAGUUUCCCUUCGCCGACACGGCGUUCAAGCUCGUCGCGGAUGCUUGGGCUUUGUUGUCGGAUGCUUCGAGGAAAUCGGCGUACGAUAACGAAUCGUUUGCGUUCUCGAAGGUGGAUCUUGUUUCGAUGAAGAAUCAGAGAGAGAAAGAGAACCAGAACCAGAACCAGAACAACCCGAUUCAGCGAGAAAAGAUUCCUGUGAGGCGUAAUCCUGCCGACGUUGGAGCGGCCGCGAAUCAAGCUGGGGCGACGGCGACGGUGACGGCGACGUCGAAUCAAAAGGAAGCGAACAUUUGGACGGCGUGUCCUUACUGUUAUAAUCUAUACGAGUACCCUAAAAUGUACGACGGCUGCUGCCUGAGGUGCCAGAGUUGUAAGCGGGCGUUUCAGGCCGUUGCGAUACCACAGUCGUCAUUGCCGCCGAGCAUCCCAGGGAAGGAAGCGUACUACUGCUGUUGGGGGUAUUUUCCGAUGGGAUUUGCGAUGUCGAACUCCGACAAGGCAAAAACCCUUACCAUUCCGAAUUGGAUGCCGCCGAUGUUCCCGACGAACGCUAAAGCUUGGCCGUCGGCUGAUAGCUUGCCAAACGGCAGCACCGUUCCCCUGGCGGAACCUGGUGAGGCUUUUGUUGCGCCGUCGCCGGCUCCGACGCCGACGCCUCCAGUUCCAGUUUCGGCUCCGGCACCGGCACCGGUUCCCGUUCCCGUUCCUGUUCCGGUUCAAGUUCAACCUCCGAAACCGACUCUACAGAAACAGCCAACUCCAACUGCCGGAGCUACCGUCCCUAAAAAAAGAGGUAGGCCGAGGAAGAAUCCUCUGCCUUAG